AUGGACUCGUGCAAAGCGAGGACUAGAAUCGGUUCAGUCAGGAGGGUUCACACACCGGAGCACCCAACGCUUCCCAGUUGGAGUUGCAGAGUCUACUUUAAUGCAGCGAAUCCAGAGUCAGUUGUCCUCAAGCCCUAUGGGCUGACACCAGCGGAGCUGAGAGAAGUACAGAGGUCGUGGCUUGGUGAAAAUGCAUGUCUCCGAUUGGAGGAGGCUAGGAAGUUGCGCCAGGCCUACAUUGUCAACAAGAGUCCGGGGGACCCGAACAAAACAGCAGACCCCGUUGAGGGUGGGACAGGAAAUACUAAUUUCGGCAUCCCUGAAGUUGAUGAAGAAGAAUACGCAGAAUUUAUGAGUCUUUUAAGAUGCAAUUACAGCGGUGAACGCCAGUCUGGAUUAACAGUAGCGCCGGAUGCAAAUGGAACUAACUUGAAGCAUUGCAGUGAAGGAAAUAUUCGUCAGAAAAUCUGGGAAUUGAUGCAUUUGGCUGAAGAAAACCAGAUCAGUGAAAUGAAGAUACGGAAGUUGUUAAUGCAAUGA